AUGAUCCUGCAAUGCUUGGCUUCACGUAAACUUUCUUCCGCCAAGCAAUUCCUCUAUCCUCUUAAGGAGCUUCCGCCAAGAGAUGUGGCAGAGGAUACUCUUGCUGGACUUUUCCAAGCGUUCAAGGGUGAGUCAUUCGUGAAGGAAUGGGCUGAUAAAGGCUUUGGCAACGUAGUCUGGAGCGACAUCCAAUCCGGAGCAUCGAAAAAGAAGGAAUUUGCAAGCCCCCUUUCGUGCUCUCAUAUUUACCUCAAUGAUCCGUUCCCGCGCGAGCGAAAGCCCGCCACAGUAGAGGCUAAUGAACGUCCACCCUUGUUCGGCAUCCCACCUUUCCGAAUCAGGAAUCGGCGUCUACGCCUGAACAAGCUCAAGACCUUGGAAUGGUGA